GAUCUUAUAUUUAAAUCUUGGAGCAUUUUCAAUUCAUACACUCUUUUGUGCUCAUUAGUGAUGAUGAAACUGAAACCAUGGAUCACUUUUUAUUGUUUUUUCUUAUUUAUCAUCUUAAAUUAUUACUUGGCCACUGCUCAGCCCUUCGAUUAUCCAACUGCAAAUCUUUCCACCAUAUGGACUAACAACAUAUCUGCACCUCACUCAGUUAACUUCACUGAUGGGUCAACGGUCCGAGCCAUUCUCCUUAGAGGAACGUUCGGGCCUAGAUAUGCAUGUGGUUUCUAUUGCAAUGGAGACUGCACUAACUACCUUUUUGCAGUCUUCAUUGUUCAAACCAAUAGUGGGGGAAAUAUUGUUCUACCAGCUAGUGGUUACCCUCAAGUCGUUUGGUCAGCAAACCGAGAUCUUCCAAUUCGGGUUGGAGCAACAGUGAGUCUCACUUCAGCUGGAGAUUUAGUCCUGCAGGAUGUCGAUGGACGAGCUGUUUGGACUGCCAAUACUACUGGGAAAUCUGUUGUUGGUAUGAACUUAACUGAUGCUGGAAAUCUAGUGUUGUUUGAUGUUAACCGCUCUGUGGUUUGGCAAUCUUUUGAUUACCCAACAGAUAGUUUGGUACCGGGUCAAAGACUGUUUCAAGGGAAGCAGCUGAUACCCAGUGUUUCGUCUACAAAUUGGACGACUCAAAAAGAUUUGAUUUUUCUUCAAGUAGUUGAAAAAUCAGGUUUGUAUGCUUAUGUUGAAUCAAACCCGCCUCAAGUUUAUUAUAGUAACUUGGUUUCUGACAAAAAUGCUAGUAUAGAAAAGGGUUAUGUAAGGUUUUUAAAUGGGAGUUUGUCUUUAUUCAUUCAUUCUGCCGAGCCUAGUGAUCCUGAUGGUGAGAUUUCCAUACCUCAAGCAUCAUCGGCUCAGUUUAUGAAACUGAUGCCGGAUGGGCAUUUGAAGGUGUUCGAGUGGCAAGUAGGGUGGACAGAGGUGGCUGAUGUAUUUAGCCAUUCUCUUGAAGAUUGUGAUUAUCCUCUGGCUUGUGGACGUAAUGGUGUUUGCUCUGAUAAUCAGCAAUGUAGCUGUCCUGUAUCAAGCUCUCCCCGGAUAGACUAUUUCAGAGCAUUGAAUGAUCGGCAGCCCAAUCUUGGUUGUUCUGAACGUACUCCUCUCACAUGUAAUGCUACACAAGAUCAAGUUUUUAUCGAACUUGAGAAUGUAAAGUACUUCACAGACUUCACCUUCAAAGACAUGGAGAAGGUGAAUAUGGAGACUUGCAAACAAGCAUGUCUCAACAACUGCUCGUGUAAAGCAGCUCUGUUUCGGUAUGGUUUCAAUUCUUCAAAUGGGGAUUGUUAUUUACCUUCUGACCUCUUUACAAUGAGGAAUGUUGAUCCAAAUAUAAUUCAUUUCAAUGCUUCAGCUUUUGUAAAGGUCCAAAAUGUAAGAUCGCCUACUUCUUCUACCCCCCAAAUACCACGGAGAAAAAGUCGGGGUACAACAAUAGUUUUAACUUCCAUCGCUGGAAGUUUUUUGCUUUUGCUUGUGAUUGUUGGUUUUAUCAUAUUUAUAAUUCGCAAACGAAGGUGGAACGCUAAAAUGGAGGAAGAGUAUAUAGAUGAAGUGCCAGGAAUGCCCACUCGGUUUUCCUAUGCAGAACUGAGAACCGCAACCGACAAUUUCAGCAAAAAGCUUGGCCAAGGAGGAUUUGGAUCAGUUUUUGAAGGGACUCUUGAAGAUGGCUCGAAAAUUGCAGUAAAAUGUCUUGAGGGUCUUGGGAAAGUUAACAAAUCCUUCUUAGCUGAGGUUGAAUCCAUUGGAAGUAUUCAUCAUGUGAAUCUAGUUAGACUUAGAGGAUUCUGUGCAUGGAAAUCAGAACGAUUUCUCGUUUAUGAUUUCAUGAGUAAUGGAUCAUUAGAUCGAUGGAUCUACCAUACAGAUCGAGAGCAUGUCCUUGACUGGAAAUGCAGAAAAAAAAUCAUCCAUGAUAUAGCCAAAGGUUUAGCAUAUCUCCAUGAAGAUUGUAGACAAAAAAUUAUCCACCUUGAUAUUAAACCUCAAAACAUACUCCUAGACAACGAUUUCAAUGCCAAAGUUUCUGAUUUUGGGUUAUCUAAGCUCAUUGAUAGAAAUGAAACUGAGGUGAUGACUACAAUGAGGGGAACGCCUGGCUAUCUGGCUCCAGAAUGGUUAAGCUCGAUUAUCACUGAAAAAGUGGAUGUGUACAGCUUUGGGAUCGUUCUCUUGGAGAUCUUGUGUGGGAGGAAGAAUUUUGACAGAUCUCAGCCCGAGGAAAGUUGGCACCUACUUGGCGUCUUCCAAAAAAGUUGGGAACAGAAAGCUUUGUUAGAUAUAGUUGACAAGUACAGUGAAGAUAUGCAAACACACGAUGCAGAAGUCGUGGAGAUGAUGAAAGUGGCUUCAUGGUGUUUACAAACAGAUUAUACGAAAAGGCCUUCAAUGUCGACAGUGAUUAAGGUAUUAGAUGGGAUGUUGGCAGUUGAAUCUAAUUUGGAUUACAACUUCACAGAUCCAAGACUGCAGAAAACUGCAGUUGAACAUGAAAAAGAUUUUACACCAUUGUUGCCUUCUGUUCUAUCUGGGCCUAGAUGAGUUUCAACUUUUUCAAUUCUUGAUGUAUCGUUGGUAAAACAAAACGGAUCUCUAUCUAGCCUAGUAGGCACAGAAGCCUUUGGUAAAACUGUAAGUUAUAAAAUUUUCAUCUAUGCCACAUGCUUUCUGAAAA